AUGGUACAGCCGUCAAGUGGGACUCCUGGAGUGAGCGAGCUUGACCUCAUUGUAGAGAUUUCGAGCGUCGCAGAGCAUGAUGCAGGCGGUAGGGCGGAGUCGGCGCAGAUGCGGGGUGAAGUUGUCGCUUGCAGGGGAAGAAGACGGAACAAAGCCUUCUCCUUGCUCUGGCCUUGUUCCCGUCUGGAUGAUGAACACGGCAGGAUACCGCCCGAACAUUACAACAGGAGUGUCGAAGUGUAUUGCCGGAUCGAUGGCAGCGAGCGCAGGCGGUUCGCCAUUGCCCGGUUCGAUACGCAGUGCAGCACCAACCUCGUCUCUGCCCGCUGGCUGCGAGCAAACAAUAUCGAGCCAAGGAGGUUGGACCGCAUACCCGAUGGCCCCGAGCGGAUCAGCCGGCUUGAGGGCAGCAACGACCUGGUGGGCAGAGUAAGCAUGGCUUGGUAUGGCGAAGACAGGUCCUACAAGAAUCAACAAGUCCAUUUGAAACCGAGGACCAUCUGGAAUGAGUUCCGGGUGGUGGAGCCUGGGGAGGGAUUCGACAUGAUUAUUGGCCAGGAGACCAUCCAAACAGAAAGGCUCUUCCAGAAGGAAUGGUUCUGCUACACGCAGACAACCCAGGGCGGUCAUAUACCGUGUCGCAUCUCUUUGAGCGCGCAGGAACGACAGGCAGCAGAGGAGGCUCGCAAGAGGGAGAGGGCCAUGCAGGAGGAAGCGAGACGUCAGAGAGAGAGCCAAGCUGCACGCUCAAGUCACCCGAGGCCAGGAAGGCCAGGAAGGCCAUGA